CCGGAAGCGGCGGUGAGGCAGCGCUGAGCACGGCACCGAGCAGCGGCUCCGCACCCCCUUCCGCGCCCGUCCGCCCGCCGUCACCCGCGCACCGCGCCGCGCCGCAGCAUGAUCACGUCCGCCGCUGGAAUUAUUUCCCUUCUGGAUGAAGAAGAGCCACAGCUCAAGGAGUUUGCUCUUCACAAGCUGAAUGCUGUUGUCAAUGACUUCUGGGCAGAAAUCUCUGAGUCAGUGGACAAAAUCGAGGUUCUCUAUGAAGAUGAGGGCUUCCGGAGUCGCCAGUUUGCUGCCUUGGUUGCUUCCAAAGUGUUCUAUCACCUGGGAGCCUUUGAGGAAUCUCUGAACUACGCCCUGGGAGCAGGCGACCUCUUCAAUGUCAACGACAACUCAGAAUAUGUGGAGACGAUCAUUGCAAAAUGCAUCGACCACUACACCAAGCAGUGUGUGGAGAAUGCAGAGCUGCCUGAAGGGGAGAAGAAGCCUGUCGACGAAAGGCUGGAAGGGAUCGUGAACAAGAUGUUCCAGCGGUGUUUGGAUGACCACAAAUACAAACAGGCCAUUGGCAUUGCACUGGAGACCCGCAGGUUGGACAUCUUUGAGAAAACCAUCCUGGAGUCGAAUGAUGUUCCUGGGAUGCUGGCUUAUAGUUUAAAGCUCUGCAUGUCUUUGAUGCAGAAUAAGCAAUUCCGUAACAAAGUGCUCAGAGUUCUGGUUAAAAUUUACAUGAACUUGGAGAAACCUGACUUCAUCAAUGUGUGCCAGUGCCUGAUAUUUCUGGAUGACCCUCAGGCCGUGAGUGACAUCCUGGAAAAGCUGGUGAAGGAAGACAACCUUCUCAUGGCUUACCAGAUUUGCUUCGAUCUGUAUGAAAGUGCAAGCCAGCAGUUCUUGUCUUCUGUAAUCCAGAAUCUCCGCACUGUCGGCACCCCCAUCGCCUCGGUGCCUGGAUCAACCAACACGGGAACUGUACCUGGAUCUGAGAAGGACAGUGAUGCUAUGGAAGCAGAAGAAAAGCCAGGUAGCUCUUGUGCUGGGAAGUCUGCAGAAGCUAACCCUGAGCCCAAGGACCAGAUCUCCAAAAUGAUUAAAAUUUUAAGUGGUGAAAUGGCUAUCGAGUUGCACCUGCAAUUUUUAAUACGAAACAACAACACCGACCUCAUGAUUCUCAAAAACACAAAGGAUGCAGUCCGGAACUCCGUGUGUCACACAGCAACGGUUAUAGCAAACUCCUUUAUGCACUGUGGGACAACCAGUGACCAGUUCCUUAGAGAUAAUUUGGAGUGGCUGGCCAGAGCCACUAACUGGGCAAAGUUUACUGCUACCGCCAGUCUGGGGGUCAUACAUAAGGGUCACGAGAAGGAAGCACUACAGUUAAUGGCUACUUACCUGCCCAAGGACACCUCUCCGGGGUCAGCCUAUCAGGAGGGCGGAGGCCUCUACGCUUUGGGUCUCAUUCAUGCUAAUCAUGGGGGCGACAUCAUCGACUAUUUGCUGAACCAGCUGAAGAAUGCCAGCAAUGACAUUGUCCGGCACGGUGGUAGCUUGGGGCUGGGGUUAGCUGCCAUGGGCACUGCCCGCCAAGAUGUGUAUGAUCUGCUGAAAACAAACCUCUACCAAGAUGACGCAGUGACAGGUGAGGCAGCGGGCCUGGCAUUGGGUCUUGUUAUGCUGGGGUCUAAAAAUGCUCAGGCCAUCGAGGACAUGGUUGGCUAUGCACAGGAAACGCAGCAUGAGAAGAUCUUGCGGGGCCUUGCUGUUGGAAUUGCGUUGGUGAUGUACGGGAGGAUGGAGGAGGCAGACGCCCUCAUAGAGAGUCUUUGCAGAGAUAAGGAUCCAAUCCUCCGACGCUCAGGAAUGUACACUGUAGCUAUGGCUUACUGCGGCUCAGGGAACAACAAGGCUAUCAGACGUCUGCUCCACGUAGCUGUGAGUGACGUCAAUGAUGAUGUGAGACGGGCUGCAGUCGAGUCACUUGGUUUCAUUCUGUUCAGGACUCCAGAGCAGUGUCCAAGCGUAGUUUCUUUGCUCUCCGAGAGCUACAACCCACACGUGCGUUAUGGGGCAGCAAUGGCUCUGGGCAUCUGCUGUGCUGGGACUGGAAACAAGGAAGCAAUUAAUUUGCUCGAGCCAAUGACAAAUGAUCCUGUGAAUUACGUGCGUCAAGGAGCUCUGAUUGCAUCUGCACUUAUCAUGAUCCAGCAGACUGAGAUCACCUGUCCAAAGGUCAGCCAGUUCAGACAGCUCUAUUCCAAAGUCAUCAAUGAUAAGCACGAUGAUGUUAUGGCCAAGUUUGGAGCAAUCCUGGCCCAAGGCAUUUUGGAUGCAGGUGGCCACAACGUAACCAUCUCGCUGCAGUCAAGGACGGGGCAUACUCACAUGCCGUCGGUGGUGGGGGUCCUGGUCUUCACCCAGUUCUGGUUCUGGUUCCCCCUCUCACACUUCCUGUCGCUGGCUUUCACCCCGACCUGUGUCAUUGGCCUUAACAAGGACCUGAAGAUGCCAAAAGUCCAGUACAAGUCCAACUGCAAGCCCUCUACGUUUGCAUAUCCCGCACCUCUGGAGGUCCCCAAGGAGAAGGAGAAGGAAAAGGUAUCCACUGCUGUGCUCUCCAUCACUGCAAAAGCCAAGAAGAAAGAGAAGGAGAAGGAGAAAGAGAAAAAGGAAGAGGAGAAAAUGGAAGUGGAUGAGACUGAGAAGAAGGAGGAGAAGGAAAAGAAAAAGGAGCCUGAACCUAACUUCCAGCUGCUGGACAACCCAGCCAGGGUCAUGCCUGCCCAGCUGAAGGUGCUCACCAUGACAGAGAGCUGCAGAUAUCAGCCUUUCAAACCCCUUUCCAUCGGGGGCAUCAUCAUUCUGAAGGACACCAGUGAGGACACCGAGGAGCUGGUGGAACCAGUGGCAGCUCACGGCCCGAAGAUUGAGGAAGAAGAGCAGGAGCCUGAACCACCAGAGCCUUUUGAGUACAUUGAUGAUUAGAUCCUGAGGACCACAUCCCCUGAAGAAGAUCAUGGGGAAGACGUCCAGGAGGAACUUGCCGUUGAGACCUGCCGUUCAAUGCAUGCAGCCUGGCCUCUGCGCUGACCUAAAGCAGAUAGUCCGUGUUUUAUGGGUGAAGAAACAGAUCUAUGCUAUUUAGUGUACUCUUUCACAGAACUUCGUUUUCAAAUAAAUAUAUUAAAAACUCUGGAUAGAAAA